AUGUACAGAACUAGCAUUCGAGAGAGGGCAGAUGACGAUAAGAGUCAAGGAACAAGAGGCAAAGGAUAUCCUGUAUUGUUAAUACAUAUCAGCGUGAGAGACCUUGUGAUAAACUCUCGAAUCUAUGACCGAUGUCGAAUCUUCAGGAACUCAGACAACGUGCAGCAAUUUUUCAAACCAGAUUGA